AUGUUUCCCACCAAUCAUGAAAACCCUUUCCCUUACCCCUAUGAUCAUCCUCAAAACCCUAGCUCAAGACACCAUGAUUUAGAUCACCAACCCCCUCCCUUUCUCCUCCACGACGACUCCCCUUUGAGCCAAGUCUUCUCCCAACCGCCGGCGCCGCACGCCGCCGGCGCCGGCGCCGGAGACCACAAGGCUAAGAAGGGCGGCGGCGGGCCUUCCCGGAAAAGAAACCCCGGCAAGAAAGACCGUCACAGCAAGAUAUGCACGGCGCGUGGGGUGAGGGAUCGGCGAAUGAGACUCUCUCUGCAAAUCGCUCGGAAAUUCUUCGAUCUCCAAGACACGCUAGGGUUCGACAAGGCCAGCAAGACCAUAGAGUGGCUGUUUUCUAAAUCCAAGAACGCCAUUAAAGACCUCAUGAGAACCAAAAACAUCAAAUCCGCCGGCUUCGCCUCAAGUAGCGAUGAAUAUGAAGUGGGAUCAAUCACGCCCGCCACAAAGGAGUCAAGACAAGAAGCUAGGGCUAGGGCUAGGGAAAGAACAAUGGAGAAGAAGAAGAUGAUGAUUAGAGGGCUUGAAAAUUCAAGCCCUAGUAGUUUAGACCAAUUGGGAUCUUCAAGCAAUAGCCCUUUUCUUGAAGAAUCAUGUUGUCAAGAAAUCAAGAGCAACAAUACCUGCCCAGACUUAGCUCAGUCGUUCACUAAACAAUAUUUGGGAGAUGAAGAAAUUAGGAGCAAUAAUGCCUGCACAGACUUAGCUCAGUGGUUUAGUAGGCAGUAUUUGGGAGAAGAAGAAAUUAUGAGCAAUAAUGCCUAUACAGACUUAGCUCAGUGGUCCGGUAAGCAAUAUUUGGAAGAAGCAGAAAUUAGGAGCAAUAAUACCUGCACGGACUUAGCUCAGUCGUUCAGUAGGCAGCAGUAUUUGAGAAAAGAAGAAAUUAGGAGCAAUAAUACAUGCACGGACUUAGCUCAGUGGUUCAGUAAGCAGUAUUCGGGAGAAGAAGAAAUUAGGAGCAAUAAUGCCCCAUUAGGGUUUGAAAACCAAUUCGCUAGUAGUGUUGGGAUCAAGGAGAAUUAUCAUCAAGAUAAUGGUGAAAGCUUCAUGGGUUUUCUUGGGAAUUGGGAUCUCGCCGGUGCCGGUGCCGGCCCCGGCCCCGGCGCGGGAAUCAGCCCUUAUACACAUGGAUUGGAUCCAUUUCCAGGUAUUAAUCCUAGCACUACCCUUUAUUUCGGUGCCACAAGUUUGCCUUUGGAUCAAGAAAGACAAUUCUCCUGCAACCACUAUAGUUUGGGUUAAUUCAUAUGAUUAAAAUGUUUGGAUUGUCCCAUAUUUUAAGGGCAACUAUAUAGUAUCCUAUGUUCUUGAAUCAUUGUUCUGUACGAUUGAACAAUAAUAAUAAUUCCAUAAUUCCUCUU